AUGGCGGCGCAGCACAUUCCCGGGGCCUUCCCCUCCUCGAUCCCACCCACUCCAGCCGACGAACCUGUGCAGCAGCCCCGGCAGUACCCGGACGAGCAAGACCAAGGUCACCACUACCGUGAGCUCAACAAGCUCCCCAAGCCGACCGAUUCCCGCGGCCACGCUCAUACCGAUUCUGGUGUCAACUUUACCGAGUCCGAGACCAUCCAACCAGCCAAGGGCAAUAAUGACCGCUGGGUUGGACCAUCAGAAGCAGUUGGUGGGGGCACCUACGUCCGAGACGAUGUUGGACCCUACCAGACCUCCCAGCCAGCAGAUGAUGGAUCGCUACAACCAAGACAGUUGGCCAAAGAGAACAGUGAUGAAGAGUUCCCAAUCCGAAGGAAUAAUGCCAAUGAGAAGCCACUUGGUGCUGCUGCCGUUGGCGCUGGGGCUGAAGCAGCCACCCGUGACCACAACACGAUUGACAGCACCGACAUAACCCCGCGUCGAAGCCACGAGCAACGCUCCGACCCACCAUACUGGGGCGACCUGCCAAAGGCUUCCAGCGGAGGUAUCUAUAACACGGUGACAGGUCAUGGCAGCGCGCAGGAUGACCAUGACCAGCACCAUCAUCUCCGUCAAAGGGGUACUGGAGUAUAUAACUCAGUAUCCGGCCACGGCAGCCAGGAUGCAGAGAGCAGGCGCCACAGCCAGGCUGCCACAACCGGCGACAGGAAUGCCACGGCUGGCGGCCCCGGCGGUGCUGUGCUUGCUGCCCCCCUUUCGGAGAUACCUGAAGGGCAGCAGAAGCAGACAUUCUCUGAAACUGACAGGCCCAAUGCCCCACCUCCUUCGCUCCCCCACAGCGUCUCGCGGGACAAUGCUUUGGUUGCAGCGCCUGGCUCAGGCCCGACCGACCGUGAGAUCAACGUGAGCCGACAAUCCCCCACCCAACGAGCAUUCCCGCUUUCGUCGUCUCCCAAGAACGCGCGCGACGAUGAAGCUACGUCGACAUCGAACAGCCGCAACGCCGCUCUUGCAGGCACCGCUGCCCUCGGUGCCGGUGCCGCGACUUACGGCAUGGCGGACAAGAAUAGGAACGACAAGGAUGCUCAGAAUUCUCACACCGAGACUCAGGCUAGGCACUCGAGGAGCACUAGUGAGGAUCAGGGCACUCGUGCUGCUGGCGGGCUCCUUUCGCGUAAGCCGCGGGAUGAUAGACGCAACUCGUCUGUCGACAAGCACAGGAGCCGGAGUCGAUCCGUCCAAGGCGAGAAGAAGCACAAGGUUCUUGGCAUCUUCAGCCGGCACAAGGACGAGGAGAGGCUUCAGGAAGAUACCUCGACCCACGAGCCUCCCGCGCAGCAGGCUGAGCGCAAACCAGAGCCUGUUCUGGUUGGAAGCACGACGGGUACCACAAAGACUCGCAACCGCCUUAGAAAGGGAAGCAGGAGCGAGCCCAAGGACCGCAGGGCAUCUUCCGAUAGCCCUACUGACACUGAUAACUCGAAUCACAACAGUACCAAGGCCGCUACUGGUGCCGCUGCUGGUGCCGGUGCGUUUGGGCUGCUGCAUCACAAGAAGGACAAGGACGGCAAGGUCACCAAGGACCAAAACACCCAGCAGGAGAAGCCUUCAUUCUCUUCUCACCCCAACCAGCCACUCGCUUCGCAAGCCCCCGCCAGCAACACGGCUCAAGUUAGGCAGCCCAGAAGCUCAGGGGUUGGAUCUGCCGUCGGCCUCGAUGCUGUUGAACUUGCUCACAAGCACGAUCCUGCCCACACAGUUCCCGGCACAGCUGUUCCUGUCGGACUUGCUACCCACAAGCAUGAUGACCCCUCCACUCCUUUUGAGCAUCCUAGAGAGCCGCCCUCUCCUCCUCGCGAUGAUCCGAAGGGCUCUCAUAGCUGGGUUCCCGCUGCCGUGGUUGGCGCGGCCGCCAGCGGUGCCCCACUUGCUAUGAGGCAAUCAAGGGACUCUACCGCGGCAGACACAGCCACCAACCAGCACCCAGACACCAACGUGGUUUACAACACUCUGCCCUCUGGCGUCCAGUCAAACUCGACCAACAUCAGCCCUCGUGGGUCGGCUGUCCAUGAGUCCAUCAAUACCAGCAGACCAGUGGCCAACGCGCCUGGUGACUACAAUGUCUUUGCCUCUUCUAGUCAGCCGCUUAGCUCAAACCACCCAUCCGAGUCCAACAAUACUCACACAGGAUCCUCUACUCAGGAGCCUGCCUACAACCAUCUUUCGUCUAGCACUCCGUCUGGUGUGGCUCUAGGCUCUGCUCGUCAAUCCGAGUCUCAUGGGUCUCGGACUGGUGUUGUCACGCAGGAGCCUGGUGCUUACAACCAUCUUGCUUCCGGCACCACAUCUGGCGUGAAGAUUGACCAGUCCACCGAUAACUCGAACACCGCUCGCCACUCAACCGAAGGUCAGAUAAAUCAACAGCCUGACAACUAUAACCACCUCUCUUCCGGCAAUGCACCCGGCAUCGCUGCCGCUGGUGUUGCUGCCGCUGGUGCUGCUGGCGUGGCCGCACACAAGGCUCGCGACUCGACGACUGAGACCUCUCGCCAGGGGAAUCUAACUCAGGAUUCCGGCCAGUACAACCAUCUCCCCUCCGGUACUGAAUCUGGUAUCAGGAGAGAUGCUGGCCCCACCGAGGGUAGCAGAGCACACGAUCUUGCCGCCUCUGGGUCCAGCCGUCCUCCGCAGAACAGGACCGACUCUGGGCCAUACAACAAGCUGCCCUCUGGAACACCCUCAGGCGUCAAGAUUAAGCCCAAGGACAACUCCCGUCGCGCCACGGAGCCUACCGUCCACGCCCAUGACAAGCACUCGCCCGACCGUAACGUGUCUUCACCCACUGGGCCGACUGGUGUUCCCUUCACCCAGCAUCACCGAAGCCAGCCUUCCAACAUCGACACUCGCGAUAGCCAUCUGAAGGACCUGCCUCUUCCGGCCUCAUCCUCCAGCCCAACCAAAGCGCACCCGUCGUCUCACCACACGGUUGUCUCGCCUCCAGUGCACGCUGCUCCCGAGACCGGCAAGGCCACCAACCCUCCCCCCGCCGCCGGCAAAUCGGCCACUCUCCGGUAUACUUCUUUCCCCAGCACGGCCAAGGGCAUGAGCCCAGAAGUCAUGCCAGAUACCUACCGGGAGUCGGUGACCAAGCCGCAUGAGCAGCAGGGAAUGAGCCCCGAGGUGAUGCCUGAGGCGUAUAGAGAGUCUGUCUCCCGCCCUUCCGAUCAUUCUAUGGAAAUGAGCCCCGAGGUGAUGCCCUAUGCUUACAGAUCUUCAGUUCCGCGAGACAGCAACAACAACAACAACGACUUGAAGACGAGGGGUAUGCAGCCCGUGCAGUCUGAGCAGUAUAUGACUGGGCAGAAUAAGUUUGUGAGCCCUGCUCUUGCUGCUGCUACUGGAGCCUGGGCUGCGAGUUCGGGUACUGGCAAUGGGAAUGUUGGUGGUGUUGGGACUGGCAAUGUAAAUGUGCCGCAGGGGAAGGUUAUGCACAAGUGUGAGCAUUGUGGGAGGGAUAACGAUAUUAGUGGAUAUGUGAAGGAGGCUGUGAACAGGGUUACUGGGGUUGAUAGGUUUUAA